AUGAAUCCGCAAAUUUUUGCAAAUGUCAAAGAAAUUAAGAAAAAGCAAGCUAAAGAUAAUCCUGAAAUAUUGGAACCAUCAAUAUACAACGAUCGAAAUGAAAUACUAUACAGAAUUCAAGGACAACUUUUUGGUGCACUAGCAAUGCUCGAUACUUUGCAAGACGGUGAGAUUUUUUAA